CCAAUAUUCAUUCCCUUACUUUUGGGUUUUGGUUUUCAGUAGUUGCUGCUUCGAAGCUGACUUCUCAAUCUUCAUAAAUUCCUUAAAUUACUACCUUAAACACCAUUCUUUUAUCUCUUAAAAUCUUUCCCCUUAUGGAAAAUCUCCAACAACAACAACAACGCCUGCCUUCCAUAAAAUCAAGAUUCAAACGUGUUUGUGUUUUCUGUGGCAGCAGCCCUGGCAAGAGUCCAAGCUACCAGCUUGCAGCCAUUCAGCUCGGCAAACAACUGGUUGAAAGGAACAUUGACCUGGUUUAUGGCGGAGGAAGCAUUGGGUUGAUGGGGCUUGUCUCUCAAGCUGUUUAUGAUGGGGGUCGCCAUGUGUUGGGAGUAAUUCCUAAAACUCUCAUGCCAAGAGAGAUAACUGGAGUGACUGUUGGAGAAGUGAGAGCUGUAUCAGGCAUGCACCAACGCAAAGCUGAAAUGGCACGUCAGGCUGAUGCCUUUAUAGCCUUGCCAGGUGGCUAUGGAACUCUGGAAGAACUCUUGGAAGUUAUCACUUGGGCUCAACUGGGAAUCCACGACAAACCUGUGGGGUUGCUAAAUGUUGAUGGAUAUUACAAUUCACUCUUAUCUUUCAUAGACAAAGCUGUUGAUGAAGGUUUCAUAGCAGAAACUGCUAAACAUAUUAUUGUUUCUGCACCAACUGCUCAUGAACUCAUGUGCAAGCUUGAGGAUUAUGUUCCCGAGCACUCUGGUGUGGCAUCCAAAUUAAGCUGGGAGAUGGAGCAACAACUGGGUUACAACACAACAAAAUCAGAUAUCGCUCGUUGACUUGAAGCAUCAGAUUGUAUAAACAGAAUAGGGAAGAUUAACGACUGUAGAUUUUAGCAUAUAUAUAUACAAAUGCUCACAAUCCUGUAGGAAUGGAUCCGAUUCGAGCUGCCUCUGUUCGAACCCAUUGCUUGGCUCGAACAAACCAAUCUCUAAGUAGAGCUCUAGUUUGACAAUUUGGAUCCAGAUCUACUCAAGACUAUUCACCCUUGAACUUCGAUCGGAUAUUAUGGAUUUGAUCAAAAUUCAUGCUGGCCCUAGUUUUGGCUCAAUUCAGAUCAAAUUCAUCCCCUACAAUCCUGUAAAAAUGCCAGGCGAUCUCCACAGACAAAUCAUGCAUCACCACUGUGGAUCAGGCUGUGAAUUCUUUUUUCUUCUCCAAUUAUAAAUAUGUAUCUGGCUUUAGUGUAAACAGAGGUCAGCAGCAGUGAUAGUUUUCCCAUGUCGGUAAUUACUAAUUUCAUAAUAAUAAUAAUAAUUUUUUGUGGUUC